UCGAACGUUAUCGGUGCGGUCACGCUACUGGUUGGGCGGUCGGAUCGGUCGGAAAAUCGGGAUUGGGAUCGAAAAGCGGGGUUUGACUUGGGACAAAGAGUCUUGUUCUGGUCAUGGUUUUCCAUCCGCGAAUUGACAACUUUUGUUGCGCACGUAAAUGUUGGUGCUGGCAAUAGACACAGCGAUCGCGAGUGGGAGAGAGACAAACAAUGCGUGCUGCGCGUGUGUGAGUGAGACAUUCCGCAAGUGAUUCAUUCCGCAAAAAUAAUAAAUAAAUAAAUAAAUAAAACUAGCGGUGCAAACUGGGGCGAAAUGUUUGUGGAAAUGUGUCAACAAGUUGGCUCCGCAAAGUAUCUGUGCAAUAUCAAUAUGUGUGGGAAAUCGUUUUGAUUUUCGAACGACUCUUUACUUCAGUCUUUGUUUUCGUUUUUUAUUGUUGUGCUGUGUGUUGUGAAUAAAAAAAAGGGUAACUUAAGUUAACCACGCAUAAAUUGCAUACGAAAUUUGGACAAGGAAAAAGCGAAAGGUUCCGCCAUGGAGCCGGCACGCCCUGUGCCCGCCCCCCGCCGUCUUUAUCCGGAGCUGCGUCCCGCCAACUAUGAGAACAUAGAGAUCCGACCACCCAAUAGUGGAGGAAACAAUAUCAACAACAAUAACAUCAAGAAGCUCAACAUAAAUGCCGAGAAUCUGCAUGGAAAUCUGGCAGAGAAGAAGCUGCCGUCGAGUGGACAAAACAAGUUGAUCCUGCAGGAGAACAAUUCGGACAGUCAGCAACCGAUCUAUGGUCCGGAUGCCAAUGAGAAUGUCCAGGAGCCGGUGUAUGCGACACCAAGGCCUGCUCCACGCCAGCGAUUGCCGCCAGCAGAGGAUCCGGAUGCGGAUCCGCAGGACGAGGAUGAGGUGCCGCUGAGGAUUCUGCGGGCGGCGCCACAAGUCCCGCCCAAACCACUUAACAUCCCACUUGACCAGCGAGCCUCCAUCUGCAGCGAGCUAUCCACCACCAGCGUUCAGAUGCUGGGCAGGACUGAUGAGGAUCGGGAGGGAUCGCGGUAUGCAUCCAAUGCGUCGCUGGACUGCAGCGAGAGCUCACACAGCGGCAAGUUCAAGUCGCAGUCACCUGGGUACGUAGACGCCAUCGAUUCAUCCAUUCCGCAGUCACCGGAUCCAAGCGGGGAGGAUCCACAGCCAGAUUCAUCCGCAGAACAGUCCUCCGCCUCCGGCAGCCAAGAAGGCGACGAUGACAACAACCUACUGCGCUCGCUGGGCACCACAUCCAAACUGCUGGGCGAAGCCAUUGGCGAGCGGAUCCAGUUCAAGGCCAAGGGAGCCAAGAAGCGGCUGGACAGGAACCUGAAGAGCUCCUCGGAGGCGAUCAGCACCCUGGGCGCAGACGCUGGCCGGAGUUUGAAGCACGCCGGCAAGAGAUUUGGCUCCAAUUUCAGUCUGGGCAGGACCAAGGACAAGCCAGAAGUGGGCGGAAAGGCGGAGGGAUCAGGGGAAAUGGAUCUGGACAGGCGGCGGACGAUGCCCAACACGGAGGUAUUCAAUGCAAUCCAGUUCUCCAGUCCACUCAACCGGAACGGUGGUCUCUCCGAUCUGCGGGAGAACGAGUCGAAGCUGCAGAAGGAAGCGGAGGAGGAUGACGGCUGCUACGAGGUGCCCAAGACGCAGGGCAAGCCGCCCAGCUACGACGAGGCGCUGCGGUCACGUCCCUCGCCCAGUGCCUCGCCGCUGGCCAAGAAUCUCGCCCAGGAGGCCGCCCAACAGGUGCAGUUGCGUAGCCAGCGCCAGCUGAGCACCAGCUCCUCGAACGGAGACGACUCGCCGCGUCUGCCCAUGCCCGCCUUCCCGCCACCCCGGCUUUCCCAGCAGCCGGAGCAGUUCCGCCUGGAUGCACUGCAGCCGCCGGUGCGUCAGAAGCGACGCAAGAACUACGAACACAUCGAGCUGCGGCGUCCGCCCGUGGACUCCGCCCAGCUGGAGGAACUCAAUCGGGCGGCAGCAGCCGCCGAGCGAGAGGAAUCCCUGCUAAUCUCCGCCAAGAUUGCCGAGGAGGAGGCCAAGGCCCCCAAACCCGAACGUAGCGAUUCCUGGGAGUUCUACGGCGAGGACGAGAAGGAGGAGGACGACGAGGAUGAACAGGAGGAGGGCAAUUCCUCACCCGAACCGGUGUACGCCAACCAGGAGGCUACCUAUGGAAAGCUCUUUGAAAUGGCCACCGCUGGCAGCAGUCGCAGCAAUGUGCUGACCCCCAGCCAGGUGGCGGAGCAGCAGCAGCUGGCCUGCAUCACCGAGGACGCGGAAUUGGAUGGCGGCGAGGGAGCUGUGGGCGGAGUUCCGCUGCCACUGGCGCUCAUCCAAGAGUUCGACCCGCUCAGCAGCAAGAGUUCCACCCUGGCCAGGUCCAACAAGAGCAACGAGCUGUUGCUGCUGGAGCAUCUGCUCGAGGAGGACACCUACGGCACGGUGAAGGCGGAGCAGGACGAUGUGAGCAUGUGCACCUCCGAGGAGGAGCCCACAACGUCUGUUGCCACGACAACGAAGCCACAGCAGCCGCAGAUCGUGCACCAGAAUGCCCACCUGCUCAGCGACAGCAUGGAGAACAUGUUGGACUCGGACCAGGAGCGGAUCAGGGACGAGGAGCGAGCAAAGCCCUAUCUCAGCCGAAUGCCGGAGGCGUCGAGCAAGAACGGUGGAUCAGUGGACUUGGCCAGUGCCUCGAGGAACCGCACCAAUUGGUUUGUGGCGGAAAAGGCGGGUGGCUCUGACGCAGCCACACCGUCCGGCGCCAAAACCACAUCAACCAUCGAGGGCGACAGCCCACCCACCUACUUGGAGGCCAUCGGGGGCAGCAAGGAUGCAGCCGGCGGUCAGGAGAAAUGCUCCACCAUCGGGUCUCGCAUCCGGCAAACCAUGAACGCCAUCUCCAAUGUGAAGCUGCGCAUGGACGCCAUGAAGCGGAAGGCCAGCUUCCGUGGUGCCAAUCAGCGGCAGUCGGACGUCCGGGUGGCCCUCCAGAUGGUGCCCCGACCCAGUCUGUCGCCCCUGCUAGUCCGCUACGAGGGUCCGCUGGUGCGUUUCCCAUCCGGCGUUGUGGAGGAUAUACUCAAGGAGAUGCAGAACCGCAAGGCCAUCCUGAGAGACCGCCAGUUUCAGACCUUCCUCGACCAGGAGAUGAAGACGCCCCGGGAGAUGAUACCCCUGGACACGAUCACCACGCUGCAAUGCGUGAGCAACAGUCGCGUCACGGACACGGCCACCCAUUUCUACUGUUUCGAGAUCACCACGUCGCAGCCAAAGAACGGCAAUGGAGCCGGCGACACCAUGUCCUCGAAUCCCAAUCUCCUGAUGACCAGCAGCUCGUCGGGCAAUGUGAAGCAGCAGCGGGUCUCGCAUCUGUAUGGCGUCGGCAAGGAGUCGGAGCGCGGCGUCUGGAUGCAGAAGAUCCUCGAGAGCCUGACCAACAGCCUGCCGGUGAAGUACACCUGUCACUACUAUCGAGCCGGAUGGUGUUACCUCAAGAACUCCAUCACCUCGGAGUGGAGUGGCACCUGGUUGGUGCUCCGCAAGAGCCAGCGACGCCUGAUCUUUGUGACCGAGGCCAAUGGCAAUGUGGAGAAGAUGGACCUGCGCAAAGCCCGCUGCAUAGUGCUGAAGGAGAGCGACGAGUCCAUUGACAAUCUGCACGUGGAGAGCGGUCCCAUGCUGAUGAUCGACUGCCCACCGUACGCCGUCUACAUGAUCAUGAGCUCCGCCCGGGAGACGAAGAUCUGGCGGCACAUCAUCCGUGAGGUGGCCCACAACAAUGGCUUCUCGUUGGGCGAUCAACAACUAACGCGCUACGAUGUGCCCGUCAUCGUGGACAAGUGCAUAAACUUUGUGUACAUCCACGGUUCCAUGUCAGAGGGUAUAUACCGCAAGUCUGGAUCGGAGAACUCCAUGCACAAGCUGAUGAGCGCCUUCCGGGCGGACGCCUUCAACGUGGAGAUCACCCGCAACGAGUACAACGAGCACGACGUGGCCAAUGUCCUGAAGCGCUUCAUGCGCGACCUACCCGAGCGAUUGCUGGGCAAGCUCACGGACAGCUUUGUCUUUGUCACGGAACUGGCGGUGGCCACCGAGAAGAUCCCCAUCUACCGGGAGCUGCUCAACAGGCUCUCGGCCAUCGAGCGCGAAACGCUUCGCCGGAUUGUGGGCCACCUGGUGUUCAUCAGCUCACAGCAGGCCAAGAACAAGAUGAGCGUCCAGAACUUGACCAUGAUCUGGGGUCCCACGCUGCUGGCCAAGAAGAGCGACGAGCUGAUCUACUCACAGAAGGAAGCGGAUGUGCUGAGCGAUCUGAUAGUGCUCUACAAGAAUCUAUUCCCCUGCAGUGCCGAUGAAAUGAAACGGGAGCAGGCCAUGCUGGCAUGUCUGCAGAAGUAUUAUGCGGCUGCCGAAACGCUUAAGGAUGCAGUGAAGCAGUCCGGGGACAUCAAGAUCUGGAUCAGCCUGAAUCCCAAUCCUGACAACAAAACGGAGGAGAAGACGCAAGUGAACGCCACCAUUUCGCCCACUAAGACCGCCUACGAGCUGUGCCGCGAGUACUCCUUGAAGAUGCAGCUGCCCACCCACCAGCUGACCCUGUACGAGGUGAUCCUAAACGACAGCCUGGAACGACCGCUGCACCACGACACCAAGGUGUUCGAUGUGAUCCUGAACUGGUCCUACUGGCCGGAGGAGGAUCGCAAGCACAACUACCUGGUGGUGCGUCCGGUUGAGAUGCUGCGUGAGAUUCAGCGGGCGGUCAAGAAUCUGGCCACCGUAACGCCCGGCAAGGAGCUGCGCUUCGCCGACUCACGGACGAAGACCUUCAAAACGCUGCAGUGCGAGCUGCGGGACGGGAAGAUUGUGGUGUCCAAGAAGGACAAGAACGACAAAACGACCAUCGUGCGCGAGGUCUUCCUGCAGAGCAGCACGGCCUACUUGGGCUGCGAGCGCAAGCGGGACUUCCCCUGGAGUUGGGCCAUCACCUUCGUGGAGCGCACACAGGCGCAGAUCAUGAGAUCGCGUGAUGCUCCGUUCAUUGGCCACGUCCUGGCGGGCAGCGAGUGGGUGGAUCGUACCAUCUGGUACUCCAGCAUCUGGUACUGCCUGUACAAGGACAACAUCCUGCCGCCGGCGGAGAUCAUCAUCAAGUAGGAUUGGGCCCCUCUCCCAGCUGCCAAACAUAGUUUUAACCUUACUAUGCUGUCUUGUGCAUUUUUCUGUAGAUAUUCUGAAUUUAUUCGCAAUAAUUAGGGAAUAUAUACACUUAGCAAUUUUUUUAUACAAAACAUUUUGAGAGUUUUCCAAUAUUUCGAAUAGGUUUAGCCAACGAAACUACAUUUUUUUUUUGCAACAUUUUCUGUAUAUAAUCAUGUUCUCUUUAAAACCAAAUUGUACAUAACCUUAAGGAAUUUUAAUUUGUAUCAUUAAGUAUAUGCCAUUUGUCUUCAACAUAGCUCGUUCUCUGAAAUAUCUACCGUUUUAAUAGAUAUGAGUUAGACACGGCCACGCAGAGCAUCAAAUUUUAGCCUAGUUACUGUUUUCGUAAUGUCUUUGAUGUAAUUUUUAUACGUAUUCGAUUCAAUUGGUUUUGCAUUUAUGUAUUGCUUAUUUACAUUUGAAGCCAUGCAAUUGAUUGUCUAGACAACCCAGAGUUUAUUAGUAAACAAUAAAAUAUAUUUACAAAUA